AUGCUAUAUUCAAGGUCGCUUACUUUGACUGAUAAUAAAUAUUUCAGAAAUAGAAUUGCCUCCGAAUUUCGACGAAACAAAACGCUAUGUAAACCUGAAGAUAUUACUUUUGCAUUUCAGAAAGGUGAAGCAUUGCUCAGGAGAGGCUCUUUAAAGCAUACAAUUGAUUAUUCUCGGUUGCCCAAAAUUAAUGAAUCAGAUUUGACAGAGCAAUUUGUCAGAGGAGGAGGCCCAGGAGGCUCUGCUGUAAAUAAAAAUGCUAAUUGUGUUGUUCUAACACACAAUCCAACAGGUACAGUUAUUAAAUGUCACAUAAGUAGAUGUCAAGAUGAGAACAGAAAGUUAGCUAGAGAAAUGUUGGUUGCUAAAUUAGAUGAAGUAUUAAAUGGCGACGAUAGUGUAACUGCUCAAAAGAAACGGCAAAAAGAAAACAAAAUAAAAAAACUUGAAUACAAGAAAAAGAAAAUGGCUAAAUUGAAAGAAGAAUGGAAGAGGCGUGAGGGCUUAGUUUAG